AUAAAGGCACAGGUGUGUGUUCUUUAUUUCACAAAGUCUCCAGUUUCCAGAGGCUUGUAUAAAGAUGAUGGAUACAUUUUGGAUGUUAUUUCUCCUGUCCUUACUCUCAGGGAGAGUAUUUGGCCACACUUUACCUCAGAAUUUUGAGAAACCCAACAAGAAAUUCUCCUGGUCUUGUUCUGAAGCUCCUGCUAGCACCCAUAAUCCUUCCUCAGUGCAUUCACUGAGGCCUGCGGACAUCACAGUCUUCUCUGUUGUUGGACUCACACACACACCGAACAGUGUAAUGUCAUCAGUUAUAAGCAGCUUUCAGGAUGUGAUGUCCAUGUUCAGUCCUGAGUUUACCAGUGUGUUACCUGAUGAUGUUCCCAGUGGCCUGGUAAAUCAGGCUGAACAAGCAGUAUCCCUGCUGAACACCCAACAGCCCUACAUAGCAGAGACUGGCUGGAAGCUGGUGAUUAUCUUUGUGACAGUUGAUAGACGGUGUAUGUGUGCUGAGGAGGUCACCACUGUGGCACAGGAAGUGGAUGCUGCUGUACAAGUGCUACACUCUCAGGUGAAAAAGGCCAUAAUCAGUGUUGUGAUCCAGGAUGCUGAACCUUACAGCCAACAUGGCCGAAUGUGUUCUUGUCUGUCAUUAGACUCAGAUGAAGAGCUGCAGUUGACAGGUGCAAUUUAUUCACAUGCCCUUUUGGAAUAUUUAAAAGAGACACUCAGUGAGAAAGACUGGUACAGCAGAGAUGAUUUCACUGUGGAGCUUCAGGACGUUCCUCUGUUUUUAGAUGCCAUUUCCAACACUUAUGAAUGGACAUCAGAGGAAAAACUGAACGACAAUCAAGCAUACACACUUUUUCUGCAGCUCUGGGAAAAUCUUCUCCAGCCAAACACUAUGCAGUUAAAGCUGAAGAACGGUGAUGUCCCUACAGUUCAAUGCCAAACUCAGCAUCAACCUUUUCUCAGAACAGAGAAGAAUUUUCCAUCCAGAGGGGCUGUUCCAAAUCUCGAUACUGGUCAUGUGGAACUUGGAGAUAACAAAUUGUGGGGCACAAUCAAGCAGACACGGAGAAAAUUUAAAGAUGCUAAUCAUCCUACAUCGCAGGGCUUUGGACAGGGGAAGGAUACAGGAGGAUCCAGAGGAAAUCCCCACAGCAUGGUAACAGGCACUGAGAUGCAUUGUGAAGAUAUGAGUCCCUCCAACACAAUCCCCACCUCAGUGCAUACUGUGAGGCCAGCUGAUAUCCGAGUUGUAGGAGCAGUAGGUGAUUCUCUAACGGCAGGGAAUGGUGUUGCAUCUACAAACCUGGUGGCUGUGCUGAAUCAGUACAGAGGAUUAUCAUGGAGUAUUGGAGGAGACAGCAACCUGUCUACGGUCACUACCCUUCCAAAUAUCAUGCGUGUAUUUAACCCGGAGCUUACAGGAUUUUCAGUUAGAACGGGGAAACAGAACACCAAACAGGCUUUUCUCAACCAGGCUGUGGCAGGUGCCAAGAGCUCUGAUAUUCUGGGGCAGGCUGAAGAGCUGGUCAAAAGGAUGAAGACUGACGAUCGUAUCAAUUUCUAUUCAGACUGGAAAGUGAUUACCAUGUUCAUCGGUGGCAAUGAUUUCUGUGACUCCUGCCACAAACCACUGUAUUAUUCUCCUGAAAACUUUAUGAAGCGCAUUCAGGUGGCACUGGACUUCCUGCACUCUGAGGUUCCUCGUGUUAUCGUUAAUCUGGUGGAGCCUCUUCACAUCAUCCCAUUAAGAGUCAUGCACCAGGACACCACUCUAGGUUGCCCCACAUGGCUUGUGCGCAUCCUCUGUCCCUGUGUCGUUUCACCAGAAGAUGGAUCAGAAGCUUUGCAGGACCUAGAAGAUCUGAACAGAGCUUAUCAGAGAGUACUGAAAGAUUUGGUAGAGUCUGGACGUUAUGACACACAUUCUAACUUCACAGUGGUGCUGCAGCCUUUCCUUAGGGAUAUAGCAGUGCCAAUGCUGGAUGGACGUCCUGAUCGUUCAUUUUUCUCUCCUGAUUGUUUCCAUCUCAGUCAGAAGGCUCACACUCUCAUGGCUCGUGCUCUGUGGAACAACAUGAUGGAGGAGCUGGGGAAUAAAACACACAGACAAGAUUUCUUUCUUGGUCUCCAAGCUAAAUGUCCAUCACAGAUCUCACCCUUUCUUCAGACCUUUGAGAACAGCAAUUAUACAUAUAAAGGCCCACUGCCUCCCCCACCUCCAAUUACAAACUGGGGCAGUGAUUUCUCCUGCACAGACAACAAGCCAUCGAUCAAUGUCCCCAGCUCGGUUCAUCGCCUACGGCCUACGGAUAUCAAGGUGAUUGCUGCACUCGGAGACUCUUUUACUGCUGCACUUGGCACCAAAUCAAAGAACUACACUCAGUUUCAUACAGAAUACAAGGGAGUGUCAUGGAGUAUUGGGGGUGAUCACUCAUUGGACAUGACUACAACACUGCCGAACAUCCUAAGACAAUUCAACCCAUCUCUAUGGGGUUUCUCUAACGGAGACGGCCUGUCAGCACAGGACGGCUUCAACAUGGCUGUGUCUGGAGCCACAGCCUCUGAUCUUGUUGAUCAGGUCAACAGACUCAUUCAAGGCUUAAAGUCCAGUGAGAAUGUAGAUUUUGAAAUGGACUGGAAGCUGAUUACUGUGCUUAUUGGGGUCAAUGAUUUAUGCAAGUAUUGUAUGGACCAGAACAAUCUGUCACCUCAGAAUUACAGCCAUCAUCUCAUGAAGGCUCUGGAUCUGCUGUAUAAAGAGGUGCCUCGUGUUCUAGUGAACGUUCUCACAGUUCCAGAAAUCGAGGCCUUGAGAAUGGUCAGGAGGAGUUCAUUAGGCUGCAGUUUUUUCCCCAGAGAUGUUUGUCCAUGCUUCAUGACUCCAGCAGAAAACUCAUCAGAGCUGAUAGAGCUAAAGCUCAUUAAUCAUGAAUAUCAGACCCAGAUAGAGCAGCUAAUAUCUGGGGAACGUUACGAUGGCUGUGAAGAUUUCACUGUUGUCCUUCAGCCUUAUCUUCAAAACACAACCGUUCCUAUAGAUAAAGAUGGAAAGCCUGAUCUCAGUUACUUUACAUUAGACUGCUUCCAUUUCAGUGAGCGAGCACAAGCUGAGAUGGCUAUUUCUCUUUGGAAUAACAUGUUGGAGCCAGUGGGAAAUAAGACAACCUUCAACAACUUUACAUACGAUCGCACAAAACUUAGGUGUCCAUCAGAGACUCUCAGGCCAUUCAUUUAUACCAAGAUGAACAGCCACCCUGAUUAUUUCACAACUCCAAAACCAACGUCUGCAAGCACCUCCCAGCCCCAACUCCCAGCUCCCUGUCCUAACGGUGUACCUAUGUGGGUACCAGCUAUAUUUGGGAUCAUAGGUUUAUUCCUUGGCUGGGGGGUCACAUGGCUAUUUAUGCGUCGGUGGAUUAAGAAGCAGAAGAGUGAAAACAAAUUGAAGGAAAAGGAAACAGAAGUGAUGGGCACUAGCUUGUAGCACUGAGCUACAAUUACUGUACCACUGUUGGUACAACUUUGGAAAACUUGAAUAUGCUUUUUUAGACUGCCAAACAUAAAUCAAAUUGGGUGUGUAUGGUUAUGACAUGGCUUUUAUAUAUUAUUGUGAAUCUACACACACAUAUAAUCAAAACUAUUGUUCUUUUGUAAGGGUUGAAGGUAAAUAUUUGAACAAUUCAAAGGCCAUUUGGACAACUGAACACUGAACAAUAAUGCAUAGUCUAGCUAUUGUUGUAAGCUG